AUGUCUAAAUCGCCCAUCACCUGCCACGUAUUAGACUCAUCCAUCGGAAAACCAGCACAAGGUGUAGCAUGUACUCUGGAAUGUCUAUCACUGGAUCCGCUAGACGAUUCCGUGACGUCUGCAGCUCUACCGUCAACCUUGGCGUCAGGCGUAACCGAUGCGGAUGGACGGUGCUCUAGCCUGCUGGAACCAACUUUUCAAGUCGCCAAAGGAGUGUACAAGAUGGUCUUCCAGACUGGCGCAUACUUUGAAUCAAGAGGCGUAGAGACCUUUUUCCCGGUGGUCGAGAUCACAUUCCGUUUCUCCAAUCCAGACCAACAUUAUCAUGUUCCGCUCCUUCUCAGUCCGUUCUCCUAUACUACCUACCGUGGAAGCUAG